AUGAACGAAUUGAAAGCCAGAGCACUUCAGCUGUUGCGCGCAUCGGCGGAUGCCCCUUCGGCGACGUCGCCCCGGGCGGGCGCGGGCGACGAUCCAUCGACCCCCAGCAGCUCGUCCAAGAAGGGCACCACCCCAUCGAAGCAGGGCGCGAAGAAGCGAACGCCCGGCGGCGGCACCCCGGUCACUCCGGGGACGGUCGGAUCCACCCCGGGGACCCCCGGCGGGACCGGGGGAAGCGGUCGGAAGGGAAAGGGCCGCGCGAGGUUCGCCGAGUUCUGGCCCCGGGACGUCGUCCGCGAGGGCCUCCGCGAGCAGCACCUGCACGAGGGGAAGAUCCGGGUCAAUCCCCACCGGCGCCAGGAAGCCUACGUGUCCCUCGAGGGUGUUCCGCACGACGUCAAGAUCGACGGGUACGCGGCGCAGAACAGGGUCAUCGACGGUGACACGGUCGUGUUCGCGAUCGACCCGAUAGAGGACUGGCCCGCGCUGAUGGAGGAAAAGACCCCGAGGAAGGCAAGCCGGGGCGGGCGCGGCGCCACUGGCGACGGGGCGGCGCCCGAGGCACCCGCGUUCCGCGCCGAGGCCGGGGCGGGCGCCGGGUUGGGCGAGGACGACGCGGAGGGUGGCGAGGGUGACGCGUACUGGAAGACGGUGGACGCGGAGGACGACUACGGCGAUGACGACCUCGACCUGGACGACGAUCCAUACGACGAAGACGUCCUCCCCGGGCGAGUGAGACGCCUGGCCAUCGGGGGAGGCCUCGUCGACGCGGCGGGUCCGGUCAAACCCCCGAGCAUCGCCACCCUCGCCGUCGCGGCUCGCCGGGGCGGGGUGAACGGAACCCCGCUUCGUCCCACGGGCAGGGUGGUGGCCGUCUCGCAGACCAGCCCGAGACGCGAGACGGUGGUGGGCUACGUCGGGUUCGCCGAGGAAGAAUUCGGCUUCGGCGGGGGUAGAAACGGUAAAGGGGGCACCGGCGUCCCGACUCGAAACCCGGAAGGGGGCACCGGCACCCCGGCGUCACGCAAAGGGAAGGAGGAGAGGUACCCGGACAACAUCCCGCCGCUUCGACUGUACCCGACGGACCCUAAGCUGCCGUGGAUGAUCGUGGACAUGUCCCCGUCGUUCCUCCCGGCUCCCAUCGCGGCGCUCGCCGUCGAGAACGGCGGCGCGGGUCUGAAGGGGAUUCUCGUCAGCGCGAGGGUGUCCAAGUGGUCCACGUCGUACGUCUGGCCCCACUGCCAGCUGAGGGAGUCGCUCGGGAUGGCCGGUGAGCUCGAGACCGAGACCGCGGCGCUCGUGGCGGAGAAUAACAUCCUCGGCGUGGAGGACUUCACCGAAGCCGCGCUCGCGUGCCUCCCCGCGGUUCCCCCGAAGGAAUCGGGGCUCACGUGGAAGGUUCCCGAAGCGGAACGGGCGGCGAGGAGGGACUUCACGGGUGUGAGGGUGGCGUCCAUCGACCCCCCGACCGCCCGUGACCUCGACGAUGCCCUCCACGCGGAGACGCGACCGGAUGGGACUCUGGUCGUCGGCGUUCACAUCGCCGACGUGAGCCACUUCAUCCCCGCGGGGUCUGCGUUGGACAAGGAGGCACAGCAGAGGGCGACGUCCACGUACUUGGUGCAGAGGGUGAUGCCGAUGCUUCCGAGGCUACUGUGUGAGGACCUGUGCUCGCUCAACCCCGGGGUGGAGCGUCUGACGUUCAGCGUGGAAUGGGAGAUGACGCCAGAUGGGGUCGUCAAGAGCGAGUGGUUCGGCCGCGGCAUCAUCAAGUCGUGCGCAAAACUGGACUACGGUGUCGCUCAGAGGGUCAUCGAAGCUCGGGACGAGGGUCGUACCGGCGUAGACGAACUUUUGGAGGCGGUGAACGACCCCUCGGGCCCCGUCAAGGUUGGCCCCGAGGAUGGCGGACCCGGGUCGUGGGAUCCAUCGGCGGUGGCGGAGACUAUCAGUCUGCUGAACACCGCGGCUCGAGCGAUGCGGCGGAGGCGGUUCGAGGGUGGCGCGGUCCGACUGGAUCAGAGCAAGCUUUCGUUCGAGAUUGAUCCCGACACGGGUAACCCCCGCGGGGCCAGCGCGUACGUCAUCAGGGAGAGUAACAAGCUGGUGGAGGAGUGGAUGCUGAUGGCGAACAACGCGGUGGCGACUUUCAUCGCCGACGCGUACCCGGACCGGGCCAUGCUUCGAUGCCACCCGGAGCCGAACGAGCGAAAGAUGGGGGAGCUGGAGCAAUUCUCCAGGGAGCAGGGGAUCGACAUCGACGCCUCGUCGUCCAGGGCCCUCCACCUGUCCCUGCAACGCCUGAAGGAACAGUCCGCCGACGCGUACGAGGUGGCGCAGCUGAUGGCGACGCUCCCCAUGCAGCUCGCCAGGUACUUCUGCACGGGGUGCCAGGAUGAGGACUCGUGGGGGCACUACGCGCUGGCCAUGGACCGAUACACGCACUUCACGUCGCCCAUCAGGAGAUACCCCGACGUCGUGGUGCACAGGCUGCUCGCGGCUGCGCUCGAGGCUGGCUUCCGGGGCCGCGGGAACAAAAAGCACCCGAGGGCGCCGAAGCGGGCGGACAUCAACGCCGCCGCCAAGAAGUUCGGGAUUCCAAAGUCCGACAAGCUCCAGGCGAUCGCCGAUCACUGCAACGAGCGCAAGCUGGCCGCCAAGAACUGUCAAGACGGCAGCAUGCACGCCUACCUCUGCGCGUUUCUCCGGGCGUCGCCGCAGUGCGUAUCGGGAAUCGUCCGCGCGGUGGGCAGGAAGUACCUCUGCGUCUUUGUCCCCGCGUACGGCAUGGAGGUGAGGGUACAGAUGGACGGGGCCCGGCACGUCGCGGUCACGCAGGAGGAAGGUGCCGGUCCCGACGCGUCGCCUGCGUCGGUGACGGUCGAGUGGGCGUCGGAAGUUGACGCCGGGACGAUUGCGACGGCGACGGACGGAAGCAAGUCGACGAGCAAAGCCGACCGGAAGAAGGCGAUGCGCGACACUCGGGGCGCGCGGGGGCGGUUCUUGAACUCGACCGAGGAGGAGGAGGGUGCGAUCCGGGAGUAUGUCAACGGACGCGGGGUGCUCCCGGCGCCCGCGCUAGAGAUUCCGGCGACGAUACGUCCGGUGCAACGAGUCUGCCUGCUGCUGGGCGCCCGCUUUCGAGAAAGAGCCAAGCCGGAGGUCACGGCGCUUCUGUUGCUGAAGAAUCCGUUGUGGACGGAGGCGUGA